AAUAGAAUAUUACAAGCCCUAAGAGGAAUUUUGCAACCGAAUUUUCCUCUCUUUCCUUCUCUUAUUUCAUAGAAACGACCUGGACGUAUUUCUACAACCUGUGAUACUAAUCACGCCUCUUUACAAAACAUUUCAAACAGUUAAGAACAAUGUCAAACGCUUGACCAUCUCAGAUAUCCAAAACAACUGAGAAUCAUCAAACAAAAAAAAAAAAAACAAUCGUACCUAUCAUUAUCGUACUCCGCCGCAACCGGUCAGACAUUUUCAUCAACACAAUCAAGUGAAAUUAACGACAACGGCUCUGGGGCAGCAUGUUGAAAUCGUUCAUUUUCAAUGAAUAACAUCCCGUAAAGUAAGCGGCGCGGCCCACCAUCAACCGCACCAACGGGCGUCCUCAUCGGAUAAUCACAUUGGACGAGAUUUACUUUUAUCUCGCUUCGGACCCAUCCGCGUACAUGCAUCCGCCGCCGCAGAACCGAUCAUCACCCCAAUGGUCGCCCAACAGUGUGUCCCGCGGUCAACCGUUGGCAGCAUCAUUCAUUUCAGCAUCAGUGACAAUGAAAUCAAAACCAACGGGCAGUAAGUAAGCACUCCCAGCACAGAUUCAGCUCAUUCCGGCGGCUCCCAUGAGCGCUCUCGUGCGCGUGGAACCUGCCGUGCCCAUCAGCCCAUGCCUCCCGGGAUGCAGCACUCGAGGAUCUAAUUAUGUGCUGAUGUGGUGCGAGAAGCAUGUGAGCGAUGAGCGGCACAUCGCACCGCUUACUCGAAAGCGGGAUGUCCAGCCCGGCCGGCCGAACAGCAUCCGUCACUACCAGCAGAAACCGAGGGAAAGACAACCGUCUCGAACCUUCACCAGCAUCAGCGGCACAACACAAAUCGGAGAGCUGCCGCCAGUUGAUCGUUCUUAUCUUAUUGAAAUCGAAACGAUUUACAAACGGCAGGCCGUACUCCGCUUGGCAGGAGGACGAAAGUUGCUGCGGCGCGCCCAGGACACGGUUGAGAUGGGUGUGAAUUAAGCUAUAAUAAAAUGACGUCUUUGAUAAGUAAAUAAAUCUUUGUCCAUUAGGCAGUGUGCGAUCAUCUCCUUCCAUUCGCUUUGUUCCCGCCUGGGUCGGCCUUGUCGAAUGUGUGGCACUCAUUCAUGAUCGUAUGAUUUUUUCGACCGGGAAAACAUCCAACCCAACAACACACGGGUGACUAACGGGUGAUUAUCGAAUAGAGCGCGCGCUCUAUUGCUGGGUGUUGGUUGCCGACUGGAUGUUCUGUCUUGUUUGCCGGUUAGUGGUGUGUUUUUCCCCACCACACAGUCAUUCAAGCACCGUCCCAAAAGGAAUUA